AUUUCUCUUUCCCAUUGUAUGAUUAUCAAUAAUGUUUUCUCUUCAUCUCUCUAUUCUUUGCUUCACUCUCCUGAUUGGUUAUUCUAUUGAAAUGCCACCUGGUCGAAUGUGCCUUCCGGAAAGAGUCAAUUUUCGUAAAGUCUGGCCAUGUGAACAUGAUAAAACUGCUGCCGAGAUUUUAGAAGAACGGGAAGAUCGUGAAGCAAAUCUUCGUGGAGCUCCGUCUGCAUUUGCUCGGACAGGAUUCUAUGAUCGUCUAUUUCUUCAACAAAAUCUUCCAACUGUCUAUGAUGAUAAUAUUCCAUAUUAUCCUAAUUAUGGCUACAAUCCCAACAAGCCAGUCUGGGGAUUGUAUCGUUAUUCUAACUAUUUCAUCAAUCCAUAAUUAAAUAAUUUUAAUGAAUGAAUAAAUUUAAAAUGAUAACAAACAACGACUAAAAACUAAAAGAAAAAAA